CCAUACUCGACAACGAGGUAGUCAAUACGAGGGACCAUCCCACCCUCUUCUACACACCUCAGGUCUCGAGGAAUGGAAGGCUUAGCAUCCGCGUGCUGUGCCGUAGUCCCUCACUGCUCUUACCAUCGUUAUUGCGGCGACCCACCGCGCGAGCACUCUCACUUCGCUCCCCCGCAGCUGGAAUGUCCGCUCCGCUGUCGAGCGCUCAGGCCCAUGCGGGCAACUUAUUCGCACCACCGGGCGCCGAGGAGAACGGCAUAGUGGCUGACUCUGACCAAGGACAUCUCGAAGUCCAGCAAGAUGCCGAGCACGAGCAGGCAGACAUUGCUCACGAUGCGAACGCCGAGCAAAUGGAGGUGAACGGCGCGUCCUACGAUCCAGACGGCCUGGAAGCAGGCCCACAGGACGAGACAGCGUACUACAACGACGGUACAACAGAGCGACCCCCUGAAGAGCACAUCGGUGGCGUGGAUACCGAAAACGGUGUGGAGCAUCCAGAGGCUCAUGAGACUGCUGAUUUCUCCUUCGUGCAUGGCGAGGAUCAGUCGAUGGACGAUGCCGCUGAAGCCGGAGCUGCUGUAGAGCAUGUUCCUUCUCACACCGAUCAGGAAGCUGAUGCGGCUGCCACUGCUGCUGCCGCUGCCGCCGCUGCGAUGGCUGCUAUGGAAAGGUCCCUUCAAGACUCCUCAGUUGGUGGCGCAGGACCAAGUGAAGACGCCAAACCCUCUCCACGCAAGGCGAAGCGGGCUCGACCCUCUGGCAAAAUCACUCGGCAUAGACCGAUCACCUCCUGUUUGGAAUGUCGAGCCCGGAAGCAAAAAUGCGAUCGUCAGCGGCCUCGUUGUGGUGGCUGUCCGGAGGGGACGUCAUGCACCUAUGUAGGCGAUUCCCAGGGCGAGGCGGCUGCAACAGCAGCUAGCCCCGCUUCAAAACUACGAGUCGAAGAGAUCAGAAGGCGCGAAGAGGAAGCCGAGAUGCAGAAGAGGCAGAAUUCGAAACGGCCAAGGAACAGCAGAAAAUCUGGGCAUUUGGACGAGGAGGAGACAGCGCUCUCAUCUCUUCCUAACGCAACAACGGCCUCCAAUAGUCGCCAAGCGCUGAUUGCUCGGACCUCUGCUCUGGGAAGGCGGAAAUCACUCGACUUCGAUGUCCGCGUCAGAGCUUCGCGUUCAGCAGCGGUGGCAGGGGUGUUGUUCUCGUGUCUGCCAAAUGCAGCGCCGAGCGGUCUCACUACUUCUGCUCUUCGCCUGCCUCGACCAGAAGCCGCUGGGCCUUUCCUAGAUGCAUACCGGGCCAACGUUGAGCCUCUGUGCAACGCAGUCAUCGUCGACCUGAACCGACCUCGAAUUGUGGCGUUCCUUAGAUGGUGGCACUCGGACCCUGACAGUCUACCUGCCGACCCACCCUUGGUGCCUUUGGUUUUGGUGCUGCUGGCACUAGCUUCCCAGGCUCGCCGAACCACCGGCGCAGCGGGCUCUUUCGACGAAGGGCUCGAAGAUUGCGACAGUGAAGCCAAACUCUUGGAAGUCGCGGGCAAAUGUAUCGAUGCGCUUCAGAUUGGCUGUCCCAGCAACUGGUCUAGCGCGUUCUCUGCGCCCUUGGAUUUGGUCAGGGCCAGCAUGCUUCGCGGGCUAUAUCAUUUGGCCGAGCUCCAUCUUCAAUUCGCCUCUUCUUGCUUCGCCACGACCGUCCGAUUCGCUCAUGCCGCUGGUCUUCAUAGAGACGCCAGACAUUGGAAAACGAUGGGUAAAGAAGAGUCGCAGGCGAGGAGAAACAUGUGGUACUCAUGCGUCAUGCUGGAAGUACUAAGUAGUCAUCGUCUCAACAUGCCAUGCACGAUCACAGCCGACAGCUUUGACACCGAGCUACCCCUUGAUCACGGAGGAUUAUGGAACCUGUACGCUCGCGCUGAGAAGCUGCAAGCAUCUGCCGCUCAGCAUUCCAACGGUGCUGGUGCAAAUAGUGCAAGCCUAGUCAGGCCUUCUCGUACCAACUUUGACUUUCAUUCGGCUCGAUACGACCUUGUGCGUCUCUUGGUGAUACACGGCGCUCACCCUUCGCGUGCUGAAAGCUCGGAUACUACAGCAUCAAAGAUCGCCGGAGUACUUCAAGAGUGGAGAACUCGCUUGCCACCUACAGUAGAGCAAUUCUUGCACCAAGAUGACGGUGGGCCGCUUGCCGGAGCGGGUAGCGCGGAAGAGCUCGAUGCCGCCGAGCAGGAUGGAGGCGAGACCGAUUACGUCAGCGCGGCAGGUCUCGUCGAGAGAAAGCACACUGCUUACUUUCAGCGCGUGAUGCUCCGGCUCACCCGAUUGCAGACAACGAUGGCAAUUCAUCGACCUCAAUUUGACGCAGCCGGAUCUUGGACCACACCGGGCGAUGCACAAAAUGCUCUGUCCCAAUGCCUCGAUGCUGCUCAACGCAUCGUAUAUCUUGUGUGGACGUUCUUCUUGGGAGACCCAACGCCGCCCUUUGUCUUCUACCACGCGGCCUCCCAUCCGCUGUUCCAAGCUGCUGUUGUCCUCAGCGUACAGAGCGCUCUCUGCGCUGACUCGGACCCCGACGCCGCAGCCUUCCGCAAUUUGACCCGGCCGAUCAUCGACCGGGCUGUGGAGGCUUUCGACUCCCUAUCGUCCCGUCCCGGAUUACGCAACGUCGCGGAGCAGGCAGCCCGCUACGCUUCGACUCUGCGCGAGAUGGAUGCGCUUCAACUUCAGCAUCAAGCCGCUAUCGCGUCAGCAGAGCCAGGAGCCAAGCUUGAAGCACCGCUAGCCAACGGUGCGUCAAAGCGGGCGGCCAUGGGUGCAUUAUCGUCACCGGGCAUUGUGGUUGAGGGCAAUAGCACGGGCCAAGGCUAUCCCGAGCCGAGCACUAGUGCGACUGGCUACGCGCCACUAUCCAAUCCGUCGCAAGCUCAUUCGGUCGACCCUCUAGCAUCCGCAAACUCGUAUCCAGAAGGUAGUGCCGAAGCCGCGCAAGCCAGUCAGGCGGCUCUUGAAGCUGCCUUAUUCGAUGACCAAUGGUGGCAGUCAUUUGAGACCAGUCAUACUGCUCAGCCAGGAGUGAAUCAAUCUUCGUCAUCUUACACUUUCCCCACGAAUGGCGGCGGUCGCGAAGCCUCCUCUAAUCAUCAGCAGUCGGGACAUCAGCAACAGCAACAGCAGGCUACUGGGCUUGAACUCUUGGCAAGUCAGGUGGAAAGCUCGCCUCGGGCUCCCCACGUUGCACCAUGGGAUCCCGAGGCUGGCGUCUCAGCUGCGAGUGCUGAGCAGCCCACCGACGCGACUAUUCAACCAGAGCAGUGGCAGCAAGGUAGCGAUAGUGCAGCAGGCUCGCAACUCUCUGGCUGGCAACACACUUCUGGCUUGUUAGAAGGCAAUCCUGCUCCAGCGCCCAAUCUUGCAGUCGGAAGCUCGUUGAGGGACUGGCAGGCUUCCUGGCGCUCGCUCGAAGCUCUCGUGGAACAGAUUCUAGCUGCAAAUUAACAUUCAUGGUGAUGCUUUGUACGCGCUGUGCGCGCCGUGCACACCAUUUUCCUCGCCUGUAAGAAAUCUCUGGGAAGCUCUACUUUAAACUACUUUCACACCUCUACGUUUCUUCAGCCCUUUGUUUCUUGCUUCUUGUUGUAGCAAAUAAUGUGAUGAGUGGGUGGCACCUGGUUGCAAUCAAGCGAAACAAUGGAACAUC